GAGGGCCCCGCUUGCUGCGCUCCCUCCCUGCCGGCGCGCGCGGCCACCGGGCCCUCGCGUCCCUUUGUACCUGGCUGCGGUUGUCCAAGGCCAGCUCCGUUGAAGCGCUGCUUUGUUUCCCUGUCGGCACCCAGUGGCACGGUACAACUUCACGGAGCUUUCUACUUUCCUGAAUCUAGCAGUGCUCCAGCAGAGAUCCAGCAGAGCCAACCAGAAGAGGGGGUGUGGAAGAAAGCACUUGAAGAGGACUGAACGUUUGCACUGGUGCAGUGAGCUGCUUUGGUGGGAAAGAAACUUGCUGAGCCAGAAAGAUGCGUGAGUAUACAGAACAGAAGGAAACAUGUGGGACCAUCUGUCUCAAGUACCUGCUCUUCAUCUUCAACUUUUUUUUCUGGCUGGCUGGUGGGGCUGUUAUGGCAGUGGGCAUCUGGACCCUAGCUGAGAAGAGUGACUACAUCAGCCUGCUCUCCUCCAGCACAUAUUCUGCAACUGCUUAUAUUCUGGUGGUGGCUGGAGUGGUUGUCAUGGUCACUGGCAUCCUUGGUUGCUGUGCCACUUUCAAAGAACGUCGGAAUUUGCUAAGAGUGUACUUCAUAUUGUUGCUGUGCAUCUUUCUACUGGAGAUUAUUGCUGGAAUCCUGGCCUAUAUCUACUACCAGCAGCUGAGCAUGGAACUGAAGCAAAAUUUGAAGAACACUAUGACCCAGAAGUAUCGGCAGGAGGGAGAAGAGAGUGUUACCAGCGCAGUAGACAAACUGCAGCAGGAGUUCAAGUGUUGUGGCAGCAACAACUACACAGACUGGGCUGACAGCCUGUGGAUCAAAUCUUCAGAGGCCAGUGGACGGAAAGUCCCAGACAGCUGCUGCAAGACAAUAACCGACUUGUGUGGCCGAAGAGACCAUCCUUCCAACAUCUACAAGGAGAGUGGUUGCAUUACCAAGCUGGAAAACUUCAUUCAAGAGCAUCUAAAAAUCAUCGGGGCAGUGGGGAUCAGCAUUGCUUGUGUGCAGAUCUUUGGGAUGAUUUUCACCUGCUGCCUGUACAAGAGUUUAAAGCCAGAACCAUAUUAAUAGCUGUGGGAACUCUGUUGUUCCUCCUCUGCCACUCCCCUUAGCGCCUGCCAGCCCAACCACUCUCCACCACCGCUACCACAGAAAUGUCUGUAACUUGAGGACUUGGCUCAGUAAUUAAAUUCCUCUCAAACCAUGCACCACCUUACAGGGCCUCGCUGGGGGAAGUCACCUCCUUGUUGUAUACAAGGCAGCCAGGAGUUCAUCAGGUCCUCUUCAUUGUCACAAAACAAAAGACCUGUGGAUCUUCUGCUAGAAGCUUUAAUGAAACAGUCCCUUGAUAUAACUACAAAGCAAGAUUUAUUCGGGGCCCUUUCUUUUGAUGCUUUUCCCAAGCCAACAUGAAGGUAUCAGGAUGCUAUACAAGAACCAUGGUAUAUUCUCUGAGAAGUGUUUUAGCAGCACCAUGUAUUGACUGUGAGGACAGAUGAUGCUUCUGCGCUGAGCUGGAGCCAGGGCUGAGUCUCUCAUAGAUGGAAGAUUUCUCUCCCUCUUCCCAAGUGCGCACUAGUGUCCUAACACUGCUGUUCGCUGCCCGAGAGGAUGCCUGCUUGUUUGCUUGGGGCAGGAGCUACUCUCCCUGUGGAUCAGAAGCACAACUUGGUGAAGCUGAAAUCUUGUCAUGACUCUGAUGUUGCCUCAGGAUUUCUCAGCAAUCCUUCCUCUUCCUUGAAGCUUCCCCCAGUACAGUGCCAUUAGGAGCCACAGGAGGCCUUUGCCACCUAGUGAUUCUGGAGCAAAGAUGAUGGACUACUUUGUAAUUCUUUUGGGUUAGUCUGUUUUAUAGAGUGGCUUCCAGUGUGACUAAGAAAACUUUGUUUCCCCCUGCCCAUACCCUGCUGAGGUUUGGUGAAGAACUGGUCUCUUUUUGAAGCUGGCAUAUCUUGCUACCUUUUGGCCUGCUCAGUUAGACGAAAUACCUUCUCAUAUGUCUUACAUGUUGAGAGAUUCCCUUAGCUAGAUUUUUUCUAAUUAAAACAUCCAGGCUUGUCUCUCUUAGGCAGAAAAUUAAUAUAUACAAAUGAUUUAUCAGCUUCCUAAGAGCUUUUUCAUCAGCUAAGUGUUUUCUGGCUUUAUUGAGAACUGGAAGUCCACUUUACUGGUUACUGGUGAGAAGGUCAGGAGAGUCAAGGAUCAGUGUCUACUAGUUGACCCAGUGUACUUGGUAAAUUGGUAGUGCUGACUGUGUCUGCUGUAGAGGAAUAGGUUUAAUUAAAUAUUUUCUCUGCAUUGGGAUCCUGUAUACUUACAGGGCAUAGACAUCAUUGCUGCUGUGGACUUGAUUGCCAUCGUGAUGCCAACACAAUCUUAGUCUGAAUUCAUAGGAUCUUGUGUGCUUCUUAUCUUAUUCUCACCUUCCUGGUGUACUUGUUACACCCAUGAAGCAGGAAGGGCUGUGGGAUUUUGGUGUUUCUAAGCAGUGAAGAUAAGCCCUUUUAUAAACAAAUAAAUUUAUUAUCUCUCCUGGCCUUUUAGUGGUGCUAGCUGAGCUCUGUCCCUUGACAGCAGACAGUUAACAUAAGCAAAAUCACCCAGACCCCUUGCAGCAUUGGGGUUUUUAGUUCACAGAGCAGAAAUCUUGAACUUGGACUAAAGGGUGACAAGUUAAAAUUCAGAACAGAUUGAUCUGAAAUACCACCAUCAACAUCAGACCCAUUAAAUAAUCUGUAACUAAUGCAGAAAGACAGGUGGAGGAACUGAGGUGUAUCCUAGGUUCCACAGCAGCAGGAAAGGGGAAAGAAAUCUAAAUUAUUGUGUAAUGAUCUAAAGGAGAAAUCUCAACAUUAUUUCUUGUUUUAUAAUCAAGUUUCUGACAAGUAUUGACUACUAACUAAGGGUUUCUUAAGCAUAUUUUCAUAUCUGCCUUUGCCUGGUCCCCUCAAAUAUAUUUUACUGGUUUGGGAGAGGUCAGGAAGCCUGAGAUAUGGUAAGUUGGCUUGUGUCCAUUGAGUUGUUUUAUACUUUUUCUUUGUAUAAUAAUAUUAAUUGCUUUUUUUUUUUCUUAACUCAGUUUAUGUUGCUGGCCAAUAGAAAAAUAAAGCUUACAAUUCUGUA